GCGAGACGUGCUCCGACAAAUCGGCCCGCAAGUGCGAAUGCGACUUUGUGGUCUGAAAACAGGAAGGGAAGCGAUGUACAUACUAAUGCAGACAAAGACGAGGGCAAUAGUACGAGCUUUUCCAGAAAAUAUACAGACGGCAGUAAAAAUUCAUAUUUACACACUCAUCACGAGAGUAAGAAAAAGACAAAAUCCUGUAGUUCUGAUGUGUUUAAGGGCGUGGGUGUUGGCAACACAGGUGGCGGUCUAAGUGACAGUAGCGCCACGGAAACAAGUGUAAAUGACAGACCUGUUGGACUGUUUAUAACGGGUGAUUCAUCUUCGGAUAUGCUGAAGCAUGACUUGGAAGGCGAUGAGGUACAGCCGAAGGCGCGCGUGCAUUUGCAGGCCAAAACGGAGUUAGAAAUGAAUCCGAUAGUACAGAAACAGCAACAACCACCCGAUUCAAGGUGUCAGGUGCAGCAGGAUGACACUGAAACCACUAGACGACAAUCAGAAAAGAGUGUGCUGUUUGAGGUGACUGCUAAUCAGAGUUGCGCCGACGAUAUUGCACAAGUGACACCUAAAACUAGCACAGAGUUCGAUACAAGAGAAAUGGAGCGCGAGCGGGAGAAAGAAGUUCAUACAAAAGACGGGGACGAUGUUAGUGUAUCCAGUAAUGACAGCGUAGAUUUCACACUGAAGAUGUUUCUGACGGAGAAUCCAGUAGCAGGGGCGGCUAGGUUUAUAGGCAAGAAAAUCAGCAGGCGGUAUAAAGGGGGUGGCACGGGAAGCAAGUACUACAGACACAGGAGGGAGGACCAUGUGAUGCGGAAUUUUAGGCUGGACGAUCUGAAAUUCGGUCCCGAAUUAGGACAGGGGUUCUUCGGCUCAGUUCAUUUGUGCACACACAAGGCAACUGGUGAGAAGAUGGCUGUCAAAGAAAUGAAAGCAUCUACAGACAAAGAAGGCUGUGAGGCAUUCCAGCGCGAAGUGACCUUGCUGCGUCGACUGCGAAACCCAAAUGUCCUAGAAUUCUACGGAGUUUUCAUUUUGAAGGACCAUUCGAUGUUAUUGAUAACCGAGUACAUCAGUGGAGGUACCCUGCACCGGUAUCUGAAAGAUAAAUCUAAACCGUUAACUUGGGAUCUGCGUCUCGGCUUCCUGCAUGAUAUCGCGAAAGGAUGCUCGUACCUACACUUGAAUGAUGUCAUACACAGAGACCUGACAUCCAAGAAUUGCUUAAUUCGUUCGGAUCUGAGUGUAUGCGUGGCUGAUUUUGGCCUGGCCCGUGUUGCUGAGCGAAGGCCCACGCGCAUGAGCGUAGUGGGCUCGCCCUACUGGAUGGCGCCGGAGAUGUUGCACGGCAAACAGUACAAUCACAGCGCCGAUGUCUUCUCCUUUGGCAUCAUUAUGGGCGAGGUUGCCGCACGGAUCAAAGCGGAACCGGAUAUAUUCCCGCGCACGAAUGACUUUGGUGUCGAUUACGACGGUUUACGGAAGCUUUGCCCUCCGGAGAUGCCAUUCGAUUUCUUCCAACUUUUGAUCACAUGUACCAAUCUGAACCCAUCAAGUCGACCAUCCUUUGCAGAGUGUGCUAUGGUGAUGGACCUCUUGGGAUACUCGAUCACCGAUGAAGAAGCAAUAGUCGCACGGCCCAACCGUAUCAUGAGGUCGUAUUCGUUCGAUAAACUGGGACACAGCAAACUGAGCCAGAUGUUAGGUAGGCGUGUGGUAGUCACAGAAGAAAGCGAGUCCCCCAGCAAAGAGAAAAGCAAACGAAAAAGCGCCGCUGCCAAGGCCAGGGCCGAGAGGGAAAGAGAAAGGGAAAAAGAAAGGGAAAGAGAAAGAACGAAGGAUGACGGGGAAACACAGAGCUUGGGGGGUCCGAUGGAGAAACAUAGAAGUAAUGCUGAUGCUACUAAUCCGCACGGGAAUGAUAGGGGCAACAGCGUGACUAUAGUGGGCGGUGACAAGGAAACAGCGAUAGAGCAGCGUCACGUGCGAGGCAGCAGUGUGAGCGUAUGCGCAAAGAGAGGCAGUCCACCCAAACCCAAGGUAUCCGCUCGAUACGCCAUUGCCAACGCUAGCGUGAGCAAGUACAAAAAGGGCCUUGCGGAAGGCGAAGGAGAGGGUCUGGGUACCGUUAGCACGAGGGAAAACGCUACCGUGGAUAUACGGCCUAAUAUAUCUCCCGAUUCCGACACCGGCACAGACACCAAGAGCGAAUCGAGUACAACAAGUGUGAGUGCGGCGCCUAGUACGGAUAGAAGCAUAGGUCCUGAAGUCAACAAAUUGAAGCUCAAGGGGGUUGCCGAGCGCGCUAUCCCGACCACUCCUUCAUCACCGCUUAGGCCUAAUAGAGAGUUUCAAAGCGCCAGUAUAAAUUCUGGCAUAAGAUACAGUAUGUCUGUCUCUCGUACAUCGAGCUCGGCGGCAAAGGAUGGGGCACAGAAGCAAGCAUCUGCGUAUGAUGGAGUUGAAUUAGAACGUGAAGAAGCUGAUGUAAGUAACCCACAAGGUGCGGUAGACGAACGAGCCUCGGAUGGAAGUUGUCUCGAGCGUAGCCAAGCUGAAACUUCCGAAAAGGCGAACGAAGUGUGUCUCGGCAAAGAUGGUGACGCAGCUACCUCAACACCGGAUAGCACGGUUACAACCUCAGGCACAUCCGUUGGUGGGUCACAAGAUACCGAUAGGAAUGCUGAUGUGAACAGUUGCUCUGGUGAGUACGGAAUGCACGAAACCGUACUCAGUCAGUUGAAAAUAGGUGAGCCGCCUCGCAUGCCCAGGAGGAGCAGUGAGCAUAUCAAGACCAGCAAUGUGAGUGUUCCCCAAGCGGAUGUGCGCCACAGAUCGGAAAGUGUGCGGAUGGUAUGGAAGUCGGACCACUCUCAGAGAGCCUCUCAUUUACAACGCGCCUCAAACACAAACAAGUUCAUCACAGCCUCUCACACAGAUGAAUCCACCUCCAGUGAAACCUGCACACCAUCGCUCCCGGAUACGUAAUGCCAAGUUGUGGAUAAAUUUUAUAAAGAUAAGACAUUUUUUGAUACUGCAUGCAAGAUUCGCGAUUGCUGAAGAAACAUGGGAGGCCAGCAGAUCACAGCGAGUUACCGUGCAGAAGACGGUGUUAGCGCGUAGCGUCGGAUGUCGAAAAACUAAUCUCCUAAUAAUUAAACUGAAC